AUAAAGUAGUGUGCUGAAACGUGAGCCUCUUCCUCCUCGCCGUUUACCUCUUCUCGGACAAGGCAAAACGAGCGGCUAGCGAGUAGCGAGCGCAUCGAUGGAUCUCUUCGAGGCGCAGAGCAAGGUGAUCUCGAGCGAUCGGUCCGAGGUCGGAUCCAUGAAGAAUUUGGAGGAUGGUGCUCCAGAUUUCGCCCUCAAUGGCUCCGCUGCCGAGACUUGCGUCAGGAACUUUCCGAUGAUGGUGCCAAAGCAAAAACCACCAGCAGCCUCGCAGUUCAUCAUGUUUUAUGGUGGAUCCGUCAAUGUAUAUGACGCUGUCUCUCCAGAAAAAGCACAAGCUAUCAUGCUCAUUGCUGCAGCCACAGCAGUGGCCUCAAGGGCUUCUGCCAAUAAAGCUGCUUCUGCGUCUGCUUGCACAAAGGCCCCAGCCGUAGUUGGCCCUGGUGCUGUUAUUACAGCUGCACCAUCACCGGCUGCACCAGUGCUCACAAGAAGUCUGUCAUUUCUCAGCUCUUCAGCUUCAGCAGAAGGUGUUCUAGUGAAACAACCUCAGCUUACUUUUAAUUCGAGCAGUUCGCUCAGCAAGCUGCAAGAUGAGCUCCCUAUUGCCAGGAGGCACUCACUUCAGCGCUUCUUGGAGAAGCGUCGUGACAGUCUCUUCUUAUUCUCCGGUGACAACCACCUUUUGCCUCAAGAUACCAGAUUUGCAAAUUCUGGUGGGCCAAUUCCAGUGAUCUUGUUUUUGAAUUGGUCUAGACUGUUCCUUGGUUGUGCAAUACACAGAACAAACAAAUCUCAUCGUGUCUUGGAGAUAAUUUGAUUCCAUUUGCACACUAUUGGUCUGGAUGAUUUAAGACUUGAGGAAAACAACUACACAUGCUUCAAGAUCGUGAUUGCUAUGAAUUGAUAAGUCAUCAUUCCAAUUCUAAAAAAGUUGUAAAUUUUUUCCUCCAUUUUUGAAGUAUUUCAAGACCAUGUGAGAUUUUUGAUAUCUUUCUAACGCUUGCUCAGGGUGGUGAGCAAAGGCCCUUAUACUUCAUCGAAGCCUAAGGACACCGCAGAAGUGGCUUCUGAAGGACAGCCUCAGCUCAUAUGACCACUUUCAAAUCCAUGUCUACCGCCGACUGGUGUUUAUAUUGUUGUAAUCUGCUGCUGCUGUUUUUAGUCUAUCGAAGAACUGUGAAUUCGUGCUGUUUCAGUUUGUUGUCUUAUUGCUACCGAAAGGCGUAACGUUGUGCUAAAGCUUCUUCAAAACUCGGGUAUAUUAAUUUGCCCCCGAACCUUUUAUGUUGUAACAUAAAACAACAUCAAUGUCAUCUGCUUGUGGAAAAUUCUGUUCA